AUGGACCUGGACCUGAACGUGGACGUGGACGUCGACGUGGACCUGGACGUGGACGAGGACUUGGAUGUGGACGUGGACGUGGUGGUAGACGUGGACGUGGAGGAUGUGGACGUGGAUGUGGACGUGGACGUGGACGUGGAUGUGGACCUGGACGUGGACGUGGACGUGGACCUGGACGUGGACGUGGACGUGGACCUGGACCUGGACCUGGACAUGGUCGAGGACCUGGACGUGGACAUGGACGUGGACGUGGACGUGGACGUGGACUUGGACGUGGACCUGGACGUGGACAUGGACGUGGACGUGGACGUGGUCGUGGACGUGGACGUGGACCUGGACGUGGACGUGGACGUGGACUUGGACGUGGACGUGGUCGUUGACGUGGACGUGGUCGUGGACGUGGACGUGGACCUGGACGUGGUCCUGGACGUGGACGUGGACAUGGAUGAGGACGUGGAUGUGGUCCUGGACGUGGACGUGGACCUGAACGUGGACGUGGACGGGGACGUGGACCCCGACGUGGACGUGGACGUGGUCGACGUGGACAUGGACGUGGAGGACGUGGACGUGGACGUGGACAUAGACCUGGACCUGAACGUGGACGUGGACGUCGACGUGGACCUGGACGUGGACGUGGACUUGGACGUGGACGUGGACGUGGACGUAGACGUGGACGUGGACGUGGUCGUGGACGUAGUCGUGGACGUGGACGUCGACGUGGUCGUGGACGUGGACGUGAAAAUGGACCUGGACGUGGUCGUGGACGUGGACUUGGACGUGGACGUGGACGUGGACUUGGACGUGGACCUGGACACGGUGGGUUGA